AUGCAGCUCGUUCAAGAAGCCUACAUGCAGGCUCUCAAAACGCCGACCAUUACCCUCGUUGUCGGCGACACAGGACACAGCGUUCCAUGCGUGCUGGCCUUCCUCGCUCUCCAUUCCGAGUACUUUGCCAAAGUCCUCUCCAAGCCUGGCGCUUUGGAAGACGGUCAAGCCCAGCUCCAGCUGCAGCGUGUCACUUUGAGCUCGGUGGAGACUUUCGUGCAUUGGUGCUACAAGUGCCAAUACCUCGAUCUUGCUGUGAAAGAGGGCGCCACAGUGGAAGAGCUUCGCAACGACAAGGAUACGCUGAUUGAUUUGUGGGUCUUCACUGAUGAACACAACAUCAGCUGCCUCCAAAAUGAGGCAAUGACCUGCCUCCGUGGACUCCUUGGCACACAUCCAUUCCUUCUCACCCCACAAGACAUCAGGUUCAUCUUCUCGCGCACACCCGAACCAAAUUCCCCACUGCGCCGCCUCGCYAUCACCAUUCUGGUCGCACAGCUACAUACAGCCCCCUCCACCACCAAGAUCGAAGACUUCGACGACCUAUUCUUCAAGGGCGCCAUCACCAUGAUCUUCCAUUCCACAAGGAACUGGAACUUGUUUGAGCGCAAGCACAAGGAACUCAAGGAGAAGACCCUACUGGCACUGCUGGGCACGCCGCAAAUGGUAAAGCUGCUAAGUGUGCGCGAGGAGGAGCCGGCGUUGUGGGUGUUGGCUUUGUGUGGAAUUGCCCCCAAGGCUUCGGCUAGUGGUGUUCGGGCUGAGCCCAUCGAGGUGGAUUGA